AUGCCUGAUCAAGACGACAAAGAUCUUGACAUGGAUACGAGAAGUUUGACAUAUUCCGAUGGUCAAAAUGUAACUUACAUUCAUAAGAUUUGUGUCCCUCCAAAACAAAAUCUUUUGAAAGAAUUUAAAAACACAGUGAAAGAAACAUUUUUUUCAGAUGAUCCUCUACGACCAUUCAAGAAUCAACCAAACAGAAGAAAGCUCGUGCUUGGCCUGCAAGCGAUUUUCCCAAUUCUUGAAUGGGGAAGAAGUUAUAAUAUCAAAAAAUUUAGAAGUGAUCUUAUUUCUGGACUCACCAUUGCUAGUCUUUGUAUUCCACAGGAUAUUGGGUAUUCAAAACUCGCAAAGGUAGAUCCUCAAUAUGCAUUGUACUCAAGUUUUGUUCCGCCUCUGAUAUAUGCGUUUAUGGGGAAUUCACGAGACAUAGCUAUAGGACCAGUGGCGGUGGUCUCUCUGUUAAUGGGAACACUCAUUGGAAAUGAAUUUGAUCCGCGUAUCCAACGAGAUGAAUAUCAGAGGCUUGUAUUUACAGCUACAUUUUUCGCUGGGAUCACUCAAGCUACUCUUGGUGUUCUCAGGCUCGGGUUUCUAAUCGACUUUUUAUCACAUGCUACUGUUGUCGGUUUUAUGGGUGGAGCUGCCAUCACCAUUGCCCUUCAACAACUCAAGGGGUUCCUUGGUAUAAGCACCAAAAAUUUCACGAAAGAAACUGAUAUUAUUUCAGAAUUGCAAUCAGUUUUCAAGUCUGCUCAGCACGGGUGGAAUUGGCAGACUAUAGUCAUUGGAGCAAGUUUCUUGGCUUUCCUACUUGUUGCCAAGUACAUUCAUUUACUACUUGUAAAACAAGGAAAGAAGAACACAAAGCUGUUUUGGGUGCCCGCAAUUGCACCUUUGAUCUCAGUUAUCUUAUCAACUUUUUUCGUGUACAUUACACAUGCCAGUAAGGACGGCGUUGCGAUUGUGGGAGAAAUUGAGAAAAGAAUUAACCCACCUUCACUCGACAAGAUCUAUUUUUCUGGUGAAAAUCUACUAAAAGGAUUAAGAAUCGGCAUUGUGGCUGGCAUGAUUGCACUAACGGAAGCAGUUGCAAUUGGAAGAACUUUUGCUUCGAUGAAAGAUUAUCAAGUAGAUGGAAAUAAAGAAAUGGUAGCACUCGGGGCUAUGAACAUUGUAGGCUCAAUGACAUCAUGCUACGUCGCAACAGGUUCAUUCUCGCGAUCUUCUGUAAACUAUAUGGCAGGAUGCCAGACAGCGGUUUCGAACAUUGUGAUGUCGAUUGUAGUAUUACUAACUGUAAAAUUCUCAACUCCUCUUUUUGAGUACACCCCAAAUGCAAUUUUAACUUCCAUUAUUAUAUCAGCUGUCAUUGGGCUAAUCGAUAUUGAUGCUGCAAUUUUAAUUUGGAAAAUCGACAAACUUGACUUUAUGGCCUGUAUGGGAGCGUUUCUUGGAGUCGUUUUCAGAUCUGUUGAGAUUGGUCUUUUAAUUUCCGUGGCAAUAUCUUUUGCCAAGAUUCUUCUGCAAGUUACACGGCCAAGAACUGCGAUUCUUGGAAAGAUACCGAUGACAAGUGUUUACAGAAACAUUGGACAGUAUCCAGAGGCGACAAAAGUCCCUGGUGUCCUCAUUGUAAGGAUAGAUUCUGCUGUUUACUUUUUCAACUCCAACUACAUCAAAGAAAGGAUAUUGAGAUGGCUCACAGAGGAAGAAGAAAAUCUAGAAGCAGCAUACCAACCAAAGAUUGAAUUCUUGAUCGUUGAAAUGUCGCCUGUUACUGAUAUUGACACCAGUGGAAUCCACGCCUUCGAAGAAUUACACAGGAGUUUGCAAAAGAGAGAUGUUCAGCUUGUUCUUGCAAACCCCGGCCACCUCGUCCUAGACAGGCUAUAUGCGGCGGAUUUCCCUGACUUGAUUGGCGAGAACAAGAUUUUUGUCACAGUUGCGGAUGCUGUUCAUUCAUGUUCAUCAAAGUCUGUUCAUGAGGUCUGAGAAACGUAAAGUGCAACAAGGAAUAAAGAUUUCUACAGCUUGAAGGUUACUAGUUUGAAUACCCAUUUAUAUCCUACCUAUAUAUGAAAUCAGAAAUGUUAGAAUUUUGUGCAAAAUAAGCUAAAGUUUGUUAAAAAAGUUUAUACAUGAAAUGACUAUAGCUUGAAUAUAAAGAGGAGAAUGUAGGAAACUGUAAUUUUGCCAUUUGCCUCUUUAAUGACGCUUGUGGAUUCUGAAUGCUACAUGUAGACAAUU